AUCUUCUUCCUAUUCUCUCAAACCCUCACCCAUUUGAAUCAUAUUCCCAUCUCAAUUUUUGUGUGAAAAAACACAGGAGAAGAAAAGAAAAAAAUGGGGGUGAUCAAAGUGUCACAAACCUUUAGAACAAAAGUGACCCCAAAUAGGAUGUUCAAGGCCUUGAUCCUUGAUUCUCACAAUCUUGCUCCCCAACUCAUGUUUUCAUCAAUCAAGAACGUUGAAAUCCUCGAAGGCACCGGCGGACCGGGAACCAUCAAACAAAUCAAUUUCACAGAAGCGAGUCCGUUGAACUACGUGAAGCAUAGGAUCGAUGAGCUCGACGAAGAAAACUUUAGGUGCAAGUACACAUUUAUUGAAGUGGAUGGAUUGAUGGCUAAGCUUGAUCGCAUCACACAUGAGGUGAAGUUUGAGGCAUAUGGAUUUGGAGGGUGUCGGUGCAUGAUUACAAGUGAAUAUUAUACAAAGGAUAAUAUGGAGAUUAAAGAAGAAGAUAUUGAGCAAGGCAAAGAUAGGGCUGUUGGAAUGUAUGAAGUUGUGGAAGCUUAUCUUUUGGCACACCCUCAUGCCUAUAAUUAAUUCUAACAUUUUUUUGGAGUAUUGUAAUUUGUAUGUAUUUGUUAGUUUACUGUUCACUUUUAACGACGUGUAUGGUUAUUUUUAUCUUUUAUGGUUAUUUAAAUUUUGUGGAUU